AGCUAUUUCAACUGGCAGGUGUUGGCAUUACUGCAGAUCUUGGUUACAGGAGGAACUACUCCAGAACUGGAGGAGCAGCUAGGGGAGGAGAAUGUAUUGAUAAAGAGCACUCCAAACACAGCCCAUGCUGCUCCAAGGAACCGCUGCAAACUAUCCCUUGUCCAUCUCACCGACUGCAGGCUGAAAACUAGUAAA